AUGCUUGCAAGUCUGGAUCAAGGGCCGCAAGGGAAGGGGCCCUCUUGGCAAGAAGUCCAGGGUGUGGAGUGGGACGGCGCAACGAGUGCAAUGGCUCUUGCGUUCGUGGUCCCAGUAUCAGCCUACCCAAAAGUGACACAGUGGAAAAGAGCAGAAAGUCAAUGGACGCCGGGUUACCUGCACGGUGGUGGGCAGAGUGUCAUGGCAUUGACCAUGGCAACAUUGACAUUUGCUGGCAAAUUGAAGCCUCACAAGAGGCCCGUGCCACACUCCAGCACUAACAUGCUCAAUGCUGAGACGGCUGAAGCCCACGAAGGUCAAAGCAGUAACGCUUACGCAUACAAGAUGGUGAAGAUCUGCCUGCUGAUCACUUUGGUGCCGUUCCUGUUCUCCUUGGGCAACUACUCUUAUGAUCGAGCUCUAAGUGACUUUGAUGUCGAAUACGGGCCACACCUAUCUCAUCCAGCACUGCGAGCCACCUCGAGCAUCCAGGCCAUUCUGGUCUUUGCAGCGUUGUUGUGGCGCGAAAAGUACCGCAGUGAUCCUAUUGACCGACUCUUCGCCUGGCUUUUCGUGCCAGAGGCUGUGAUGCACAUCGUGCUGCACUUCUUCAGCCAUCACUGGCCCUUCGCUAACUUUGCCUUCGCAUAUGAUUUCAGUGCCGGAAUUGCACUUCCCGGAUUUCUUUCGCUUCUGUGCUAUGUACCGAAGGAGAAAAAAUUGCCAUGGCUGUAUCUUGCCUUGUAUGUGGCGACACAAAUCCCGAUUGUUGCUGGCCUGACAAACAUGGUAGGCCCCGCAAAAAUGAGAUUGCACUAUGCAAACAUCAACACCGCGUUCAUUACGACGCCGUUUUUCUACGGCAUCCUCAAGCGGUGGAAAGAUGUUCCAAAAAGUCCAGUGAUACUUGCUACAUUGACCAUUACCUACCAGGUCACAAUGGGAAUCAUGGGCCCGAUCACGGGAGGCACGAAUCUAAAGCUCUAUGAUCCGUCCUGCAUCUUUCAACAUGGUGUUGUCGACAUUGGCUUCGGGAUCGCGUACGCAGUUUCGAUCCUUUGUGGUGUUUUCAAGCCCGGCGUUCCGAGACCUACAUGGGACUGA